GAGUGGCUUUAUUUUAUUUUUCAUCUCUUGACUCCUUCAUUCAUGCACAUGACUCUUCAUCUUUCUCAACCAUCAUGAAUCAAGGAACCUACUGGUAUCGUCACAUGGGAGAGGAAAAAUUAAGAAUGAGAAACAAUCACAAAAAGAAAAAGGAGAACAUCACAUGCCGUAAUGGCCGUGGCGGCGGCAGUGGCGGUGGUGGUGGGAAUGAUAUUGCCGGACUUGUCGUGGCGGCUGUUGGUUUUAUAGCUGUUGUCACUUUUUCAAUCAUCAAACACGCAACCAAACCCAAACCCAAACCUCAAAAUUCGUUGGGUGAAAAAUGUAAUAAGAGCAUAGAAGAUCACGAAAUUGAAACCAAUCAAUGUCUUCAUGCACUUCUUCAACCUUCAACAACCACAACCAAAGACGAAGAUGGUGCACCAUGUGAAGCUAUAACCGAUACGAAAAGCAUUAACAACAGUUUUAUUGAGAAGGAGAAAAUUGAGAGUGUUUCUGACAUUAAAACCAUCAGUGAGGUACUGGUAUCCGAAACCUCGUUUCAUCAUGAUGAAAUUGUGUUAUCUGAUGAUUUCAACUCGGAAAGUGCCGUCUCAGAAACAGAAAAGGUGGAUGAUGAUGAUGAUGAAGCUGUUUCAGAGAUUGUUGAGGAGAAAGAUUGUUCAUUGAAUGAGGGAGGAAAAAUUGAUGUGCAAAAUGAAGAACAUGUAGCAGAAAAAGUAGACACUGAAGUUGCUGAAGAUGAUGAUGAUGUGAAUGUUGAACCUGAAAUAACUUCUCAAGAAGAAGAAGGGAAUUUAUCUAUGAAGGUGAAUGAUCAAGAUCAUGGAUCAGUAUUGGUAUCAAACUCAAAUCAGUUUUCAACUUUGCUUCUGCUAUUGCCAGGGUUGCUCUUGCUUCUAGUUCUACUUUUGCUUAUGCAUUUUACUAAAUAUAUAUUUUCUGCAAUAUAGUCCUAUAAUACUGAUAUAUGAAUUUCAAACCAACUUGUCAACAA